AUGUUUUAUUCACAUAUGAUAGUUCUUAUUUUUUUACUGCUGAGUCAUGGAAGCAAUGCAAGCAUUACUCAGUCUGCAACCAUGAAGUUUGCUCUUAUCGCUGCUUUUGUUGUUGUGCUGGCCAUUGGCUCAGAAUCUGCAAGUCUGGUCAAGAGGGAUGUAUCUGCAGAAGUGGAGAAGCUUGGCAAGUACUUCCAGGACCUUUUUGAGAACCUUAAAACCGUGGAAGGCCCUGAGCUGGCUGACAAAGCAAAGGAUUACAUCGAGCAGAGCAGAGCCCAGCUGCAGCCCAUGAUGGAGAAGCUCCAGGAAAAGCUGAAGCCCCUUGCCGGCAACAUUGAGCAGCAAAUCAAGCCCCUGGCUGCUUCCAUGCAGGCUCAGAUCGCCCCCUACACUGACUUGGUGCAGUCCCAGGUUGAAGACCUUUUCAAGUUCAUGGUUGAUCAGACCAAGGCCAUCUUGCCCAACCAGUAAAAAGAAUUUCCCAGAGGAUGCUGUAAAACCAGCAUAUGGA